AUGUCGGCUCUCGAACCCUUGUCGCUCUACAUCACCCUCACCUUCCUCGGAAAUGACGCCCGCAAGAACUUCUACCACUGGACCCUGCACGCCACGAGCAGCAACCCCCCCUCCGGAACCAAGUUCCACGCAACCGACAACGGAGAUCAAAGGAAUCUCUAUCGAUACGAACAUGUCGAGAUCAACGACCCCGCGGAUUCCAACGACGUGGUCGUAUGCUUGAAGCUCGGCUUGGUAAACUCCAUCCAGAAGAUCCACGAGAGUCUGAAGAAAGUUCCGCUAGGGAGCGCUAGAUAUCUUCCUCGGCGCGAGGACAGGUGGACAUGUCGUGUCUUUCUCAAGGAGGCCUUUAAGCAGUUGGACCAAGAUCACGUUCUUGCCUUGCCACCGGGAAUGGACGUCGAUGAGAUAGAGGCGGCUUGUUAUAGACAUGCAGACUACUAUUACGCCCUCAAGAAGAGGACCAAGAAGAUUGGACCGGUGAUUGUCAAUGAUGCAGAUUGGCUCCGUUGGGACGAGCCGAAUUCUGUGGAUGGGUCGUCUCGGAUGUCCUAUACUCAGCCGACAGAUGCCCUUCCCACGACUGGUCCCGCUGGGACUGAAAGGCAGUCGGACUCAACCUGA